CGACCAAAAUCGCAAACAUGCAAUUCUCCACUGCUAUCACUUCCCUCUUCGCCCUCCUCACCGUUGCUACUGCAGCUCCGGCCGAGGAGAAGCGUCAAGGGGAGUUUUUCGCUGUCCAGACAUACUACAGUGCUGGAGGAUGCACCGGAACAGCCGAUUCAGAGGCUACCUUCAAUGAAGAGAAUCUUUGUCAACCGAUCGCGACAGUUCUCAGUACCGUCGAAAGUGUCAGUCUCAUCUCAGUCACCGAUGCUGGGUGUGUCGUCCAUUACUAUACGAACUCGGACUGCACCGAGGGUGAUACCGUGGGCGUUAUCGACCACUGUGAGCAAGCAAGUGGCCCCUUCGUGGCGACCAAUGUUAUCUGCUCUUAAGUAGUUCAUCUUGCUCGAGUCUCUUGCUUGCGAGGAGUAAGGAGGCGCACGAAAAUAUUGGAGGUGGUAGUGCUAUGGUUUCUUUGGAUGGCAAUGGGCUGGAUGACGAGUAGGCUGAAAGACUUUACUUUCUUUAAGGAGGAAUUCUUCUUGGUGAGAUUUGUUACAGAAU